AUGAAAGAGCGAAUUAAAUACUUGAACGAUAAAAAAGUCAAUGUUAAAGGCAAAUAUGUUGCUUAUUGGAUAUAAGCAAGUUAGAGAACCAAAUACAAUCAUGCUCUUGAAUUGGCUAUUUAAAAGGCAAAUUAAGAAUAAAUACCCUUAUUUUGUUUCUUUGGGUUAACUAAAUAUCCUGCUGCUAAUCAAAGACCUUAUCAUUUUAUGUUAGAGGGUAUUUAAAUAGUCUUAAAAAAAUAAAGGAUUGUAAUAACUAAAAACUAGUCUUGCAAAUAGAAAAAUAUUAUUUGGAGUAGCUAAAUAAUCUCCAGAUGAUUUAGCAAUUUCUAUUGCUUAAAAUGCUAAAUUAUUAAUAGUUGAUUGUGGAUAUCUUCGUAUCUAAAAAUAAUGGAGAAAAAAAGUAGCAGAUACUAUUGAUUGUUAAUUUAUAUAAGUAGAAACAGAUGUUUUAGUACCAGUUGAAUAAGCAAGUUAAAAAGAGGAAUGGGCAGCAAAAACUAUUAGACCCAAAAUUUAAUCUCUUAUAAAAUAUUUUUCAUAAGAAUUGAAUGAGGAAAUAUUAUUAAAAAAAAUGGAUAAAUUACCAUUCGAAGAAUAUGAUAUAUCUAACAUCUAAAAAGUAAUAGAUGAUUUAGGAGUUGAUAAAAGUGUUUCUAUAGUUUAAUAAUUUAAAGGAGGUGAAAUAGAAGCAUAAACUAGAUUGGAAGAAUUUUUGAAUAAAAAAUUAAAAAAUUAUUCUAAAAACAGAAAUGAUCCAUCACUUAAUGCAACAUCUAAUUUAUCACCUUAUUUACAUUUUGGAAUGAUAUCUCCAUUAUAUAUAUAUUUAGAAGCAAUGAAAUUUCCAGCAUCAGAAAGUAGAGAAUCAUUUUUAGAAGAAUUGAUAGUAAGGAGAGAAUUAUCUAUGAAUUUUUGUCAUUAUAAUGAAUUAUAUGAUAAAUAUGAAGGUUUGCCUGAUUGGGCUAAAAAUACAUUGAAAGAACAUGCUAAAGAUAAAAGAGAUUAUAUAUAUACAUUAGAAUAAUUCGAAAAAGCAAAAACACAUGAUGUAUAUUGGAAUUCUGCAUAACUUGAAGCUAUGCAUAAAGGUAAAAUUAGUGGAUAUAUGAGAAUGUAUUGGGGAAAAAAGGUAAUAGAAUGGACAGAAUCUCCAUAAUAAGCAUUUGAAUAUUUGGUUUAUUUGAAUGAUAAAUAUCAUUUAGAUGGUAGAGAUGCAAAUGGAUAUACUGGAGUAGCUUGGUGUUUUGGAAAACAUGAUAGACCAUGGACAGGUAGAAAGAUCUUUGGAAAUAUUCGAUACAUGAUUGAUAGUGGUUUAAAACGAAAAUUUGAUACAGGAUAAUAUGUAUUGAAUGUAAAUUAGUUAAAAAAGCAAUCAUUAAAAUGA